AUGUCAUCCGCUUCCGCGGUGUAUCGCGUCGAAAUCGCUAAAACCGGCCGCGCUGGUUGCCAGGCCACGCAGUGUAAGAAGGAAUCCGAGAAGAUCCCGAAAGGCGAGCUGCGGCACGGUGUGCAGGUGACGAUCCGAGAACACACCUCGUUCAUGUGGCGCCACUGGGGAUGUGUCACACCUCGCAUCAUUCACAACUGGGCGGAGAUCUCUGACAUGGACAUGGAGAUGAUUGACGGCUACGAGGUCCUGCCUCCCGAUUGCCAGGAGAAGGUGAAGCGGGCGCUGGAGCAGGGGCAUGUCGACGAUGACGACUGGAAGGGGGACAUCGAGUGCAAUCGUCUCGAUCCGGCCAAACCGCAGCAAGGCAUGUUCGUCAAGACGCCAAAGAAGAAGAAGGCCAAGAAGGAUGAGAGCGAUCCAGAGGAGGACUACCCCGAGGACUCUCCAAUCAAGAAGAAGGCUUCUAAGAAGCGUGGCCGCGCGCAGGACGAUGAAGACGAUGAGGAAGAAGCGGAGACCAAACCUGCGCCAAAGAAGGCGAAGGGCAGAGGCAAGAAGGCAGCUGCAGAGACUGUCAAACAGGAGGACGAUGAAGCAGCACCGGCCAAGAAGACCAGAGCGCCCAGGAAGGCCGCUAAACCAGUGGAAAAGGCCUCGUCUGAAACAGAGGCGGGCGACGACCCUCCUCCCACCAAGAAGUCCAAAGCAAAGAAGGCGGCACCAAAGGCGGCACCUGCGAGGGACGAGGAUGUCGAGGAGAAGCCCAAGAAGCGCAGGGGCAGGCCGAAGAAGGCUGUCAGCGAAGACGACUGA